AUGAAGGCAUCGGUCAUCACGCUCCUCGGCUGUGCCGCCGUCAGCGUCUUCGCUACUCCGAUCGCCAAUGCUCGCGGUGUGGCACCGCUUGGCACGUUGCCGCAAAGACGCAAUGGCGGAGAGUUAUCCACUGGGAACCUAGAGGGAGAUCAAAGUGCCGAUGCCGUGGAAAACAACAAGGUCAUUCAACGUCGCGAUGGCGGGCAGCUGUCCACGGGUGACUUGGAGGGUGACCGAAGCGCCGAUGCGCUCGAGAACAACAAUGUUAUCCAGUAA